GUGGGAGGAAUAGAGGUCCAUCGUUGGUGUCAGUGGAAGGAUCGGUGCCCCAUCGUUGGUGUCAGUGGAAGGAUCGGUGCCCCAUCGUUGGUGUCAGUGGAAGGAUCGGUGCCCCAUCGUUGGUGUCAGUGGGAGUAUAGUGGGAAGAAUAGUGCCCCAUCGUUGGUGUCAAUGGGAGAUAUAGUGUCCAAUGGUUGGUGUCAGUGGAAGGCUCAGUGCCCCAUCGUUGGUGUCAUUGGGAGGAAUAGAGGUCCAUCGUUGGUGUCAGUGGUAGGAUCGGUGCCCCAUCGU